AUGGCGGAGUCCCGAGCCGAGUCAGAACCCCUCCUGGGCCGGGCCAGGGGAGGCAGGGGCCGCGACUGCCCGGUGGCGGCGGUGGCGGCGGCCGCGGUGGACACUUGCCGCAGCGCCCAGACCACAGGUGAGCUGCCCUGGCCGGCGACGAGGGCGGCCCGGAGCGAGGGUCGCUCCGGGACUCCGCGGUCCAGUCACCCCGAAUCGCUGCCGGGACCCUCCGAGGCUGGAGUCGAAGCGGCCGGGCCGCCCCUGGGUCCGGAGGGCCGCCGCUGGGGGCGAGGGAUCCAGCUGAGUUGGCGCGUCGGGUGCCGCCCUCCGAGCCGGGAGGGGUCGCGGCUGCUCCGGGCGGCCCGGGUCACGCGCUGCUCCCGGGGUGUCUGGCGACCCCCGCAGGCGGCACUUUGGCUGACCCAUUUCCUCGGGGCGGAACCCGGGGCGCUCAGAGGGGAGGCAGCUCCCGGAGGUCCAGCAGCCUCGUCCAGCGGUUUUCUCUGGGGCUCCUGCCUGUCCUUCCUGUUUACGGAGAUGGCCCAGUCCCGGCAGGGUGGAGGCCACGGGUCCCUGGACCUCAGGGUCAGCCCCGAGCUGCAAACUCGCACGACCGUCCUCAUCACGGGUCCUGCUGACUCCUCCCGGCAGUCCUCGGGGAGGGGCUACCUGUUUGGGUGGUCCCAGUCCCGGAGCAGCCCCUGGUUGGUGGCCUAUCUCGUGGUGCUGGUGGUGUCCCUGACAGACUGGCUCGUGUCCCUGAGCCUCCUUUGUCGGGAGACUGUGCGGAUCCGCCGGCUCCUCCGCCCCUUCUUCCUGCUGCAGAAUUCCUCCAUGAUGAAGAAGACACUCAAGUGCAUCCGCUCCACGCUGCCGGAGAUGGCCAGCGUGGCGCUGCUGCUGACCCUGCACCUGUGCCUGUUCACUAUGUUCGGGAUGCUGCUGUUCGCCGGUGAGAAGGACGAUGGGCUGAGCAAGGAGAGGCUGACUUACUUCCGCAACCUGCCCGAGGCCCUGACCUCCCUCCUGGUGCUGCUGACCACAGCCAACAGCCCUGACGUGAUGAUGCCAGCGUAUUCCAAGAACCGGGCCUACUGCAUCUUCUUCAUCCUCUUCACCGUAAUAGGCAGCUUGUUCCUGAUGAACCUACUGACGGCCAUCAUCUACAAUCAGUUCCGGGGUUACCUGAUGCUCUCUCUGCAGACGUCACUCUUCCGGAGACGGCUGGGUACCCGGGCUGCAUACGAAGUCCUUGCCUCCCUGGAGGAGGGGACAGAAGGCCGUGGUCGGGCGGCUGGGGUGAAGCCCGAGAUCGUCCUGCAGAUGCUGAAGAAAAUCCACGUGGCCUCGCAGUGCAAACAGGCCAUGGAGCAGAAGGUGCGUUCCUACGGUGAUGGUCUGCUGUCGGCUGACGAGUUCCAGAAGCUCUUCAAUGAGGUGGACAAAAGGGUGAUCAAGGAGCUCCCCCCAAGGCCCGAGUACCGCUCUGCGCUCCUGCGAAGUGCCCAGUUCCUCUUCGGCCACCGCUACUUCGACUACCUGGGCAACUGCAUCGCGCUUGGGAACCUCGUGUCCAUCUGCGUGUUCCUGGUGCUGGACUCAGACAUGGUGCAGGACGACCAUGACGACUUCCUCCUGGGGAUCCUCAACUCCGUCUUCAUCCUGUACUACCAGGUGGAGAUGCUGCUUAAGAUCUUUGCCCUGGGCUUCCAGGGCUAUGUGUCGCGCCUCAGCAACCUGUUUGACGGCUUCCUCACCUUGCUCCUGCUGGUUCUAGAGAUCUCCACGUUGGCUGUGUACCGGAUCCCACACCCCGGCUGGAGGCCGCAGACGGUGGGCCUGAUGUCCCUGUGGGACAUGACACGGCUGGUGAACAUGCUCAUUGUGUUCCGCUUCCUGCGCACCAUCCCCAACAUCCAGAUGAUGGCCGUGGUGGCCAACACUCUCCUGGACCUGGUCAGAAACAUGCGGGCCUUUGCUGGCAUCCUGGUGGUGGUGUACUACAGCUUCGCCAUCAUUGGGAUCAACCUGUUUCGGGGUGUCAUCGUGGCCCCCCCUGGAAACAGCAGCCUGGCUGCUGCCAAUGGCACCGAGUCCUGCGGGAGCUUCGAGCAGCUGGAAUACUGGCCCAACAACUUCGAUGACUUUGCGGCCGCCCUGAUCACCCUGUGGAACGUGAUGGUGGUGAACAACUGGCAGGUGUUCAUGGACGCCUACCGGCGCUACUCGGGCCCGUGGUCCAAGCUCUACUUUGUGUUGUGGUGGCUGGUGUCGUCUGUCAUCUGGGUCAACCUGUUCCUAGCUCUGAUCCUGGAGAACUUCAUCCACAAGUGGGACCGCCGGGACCAGCAGCCCCCGCAGCCCCUCGGGGCCCUGGAGGCCCCCUCCUACCACUCGACUGUGGAGCUCAUGUUCAGGGAUAUCCUGGAGGAACCCACAGAGGAGGACCUGCUCGAGAAGCUGCGACACCACCCACACCUGGAGCUGUGCAGGUGA